AUGAUUCCAGUUACUGUCACGGCAAAUAACACAUUGCUUCCCAUAUAUCCCAACUCUACAAGUCCCACUGCUUUCUACGAAUACUUUGGGUCUCUCAAUUUCUCUAGAAUUUCACCAUUCGCCAACACUGUAUCCGGUACAUUCAACAUCAGUGCAACCUACUGUGAGCCAUCAACCAACUUAGAAGGACGGAAUGCAGUGCAACUCCUCGUUCAUGGAGUUGCGUACACAAAGUCAUACUGGAAUGGCAACGAAUAUCCCGAUCCAGAAUUCGCCGGAGAAUACAGUUGGGUUUCCCAUGCCCAAUCCCAAGGCUACGCAACUCUAUCCAUCGACCGCCUUGGAAACGGCGCAUCUUCUCACCCGGACCCAAUAAAUGUUGUCCAGGGACCACUCCAAGUCGAAAUUCUCCAUCAACUAACGCAGUCGCUCCGUGCUGGUACAAUACCAUCCAUCUCCCAGAUAUACAAAACCGUCAUCCUCGCAUCCCAUAGCUACGGCUCGAUCCUCGGCCGCUCCUUAGCAACACUACACCCCACUACCGGUGCAGACGCCUACAUCCUGACCGCUGCCGGUCCCGAUGUCGAAAAAGGCUUCGAGGCCACACUUCCAACAUUUCAUGCCCGAGCAGCCAGCCAUGUAGAUCCUUUACAGUUCGACCAGCUCCCUCAAGGCUACUUGAGUAUCCAUCCUCCCUCACUGCGCACCUCGCUGUACUCUUAUCCCGGCGAUUUCUCACCCGGCCUCCUCGCCUACGACGAGACGCUCACACACAUUUUUGCAGCUGGUGAAGUGAUCGCACAAGCACCACUAGAAUCUUCACCGUCCAAUUUCACGGGACCAGUCUUUGUGUUGACGGGAAGGUAUGACCAGAUUGCUUGCGGGGUGGGGAAUUUCACGGCGAGUGUUGCACAGUGUAACAUCUCUGAGAUUGGGGGUUUGAAGACCUUCUUUCCGAAAGCAAAGAGCUUCGAGGUGUAUAUACCAGAUCAGACGGGACAUAAUUUGAAUACGCAUUUUUCGGCCGGUGAGAGUUUUGGUGUCGUUGGGCAGUGGUUGGAUAAUGCUGGGUUUUAG